UGCCGCUCCUCUGCCGGGGUCAAAGGUUAAAUUCGUACCUCCAAAGUAAAUAAAGUGAUGCAGACCUGGGUUUGGUACCCGGCUCGGUCCCUCCCCUCAUCGCUGUAUAAAACGAGUCCUCCAGCAUAGACCAGCUCCCGACUGAACCCUCCUGACUCUCUGCCUCUCCAUCUCUCCGACUACACCGCUGCCAUGUUCGUCGCUCCUCCUGGAUACCAGCCGGUCUACAACCCUAGUAUUCCUUAUCUGGGUCCGGUUCAUGGAGGCCUGAGGGACGGAUCAUCCAUCUACAUCCAGGGGUCCAUACCUAAAGACAUAACCAGGUUUUUUCUUAACCUGCUCUGCGGGCCGUCUGAGUCCAGCGACGUGGCGCUCCACUUUAACCCUCGCUUCGACGGCUGGGACAAGGUGGUCUUCAACUCUAAGCAGAAUGGAUCCUGGGAGUCAGAGGACAAGAUUCGUGAUAUGCCCUUCUCGCAGGGAAAGGCCUUUGAAAUGGUCAUCGUGGUCACUUCCAAGGGUUACCAGAUUAAAGUCAACGGGAAAGACUUCCACACCUUCAAACACCGCCUCCCCGUGGAGAGAGUCUGUGGGAUGCACAUCGCAGGAGACGUUUCCAUCCAGACGAUUAACGUCAUAGGGGGAGGAAUGGGAGGAGGACAUGGAGGUGGAAUGGGAGGACAUGGAGGAGGAAUGGGAGGAGGACAUGGAGGUGGAAUGGGAGGACAUGGAGGAGGAAUGGGAGGAGGACAUGGAGGUGGAAUGGGAGGACAUGGAGGAGGAAUGGGAGGAGGAUACCCAGGAGGUGGCAUGGGGGGAGGGCAUCCAGGGUGCCCAGGAGGAGGGAUGGAUGGAGGGAUAGCAGUGAGCAGUAUGGGAGGAGGAAUGGGUCAGGGAGGAUAUCCAGGAGGCGGCUCAGGGGGAGGAUAUCCAGGAGGCAUGGGAGGCGGUAUGGGGGGAGGAUACCCAGGAUCAAAUCUACCGGGAAUGGGUGGCCAGCCUGUCCAUAACCCUCCUGUUCCGUACUCAGUCAAGAUCCCAGGAGGGAUGUUCCCUAAAAGGACUGUUGUCAUCAGAGGCAUGGUGCCCUAUGGAGCCAAAAGAUUGAGCAUCAACUUCAUGGUGAGCAGUUCUCGGGAUGUUGCCUUCCACAUAAACCCCCGGGUGAAGGACGGGGUGGUGGUGAGGAACAGUAAGAUGGGAGGUAACUGGGGCCAGGAGGACAGAGAGCUCAGCAGGAACCCCUUCGUGGAGGGACAGUACUUUGAUAUGUCCAUCCGCUGCGGGAAUCAGAGGUUCAAGGUGUUUGUAAAUGAGCAGCACUUGUUUGACUUCUUCCACCGCAUGCAGUCCUUCAAUGACAUCGACACGCUGGAGAUCGCGGGCGACGUGCAGAUUUCCUACAUCCACUUUUAGGAGAACUGAACUUCUGGAUUGUGAUUCAGCUCUUUUAAAUCGUCACCAGAAUAUGUGAUGCACAGGAAUAAACACAAACAUUAAAAAUCA